CAUAUAAUAUUGUAGAGAGAGAGAGAGAGUUUUUGGAUCAAAGGGCGGGGCACAGGAGAGGUGCCUACAACUUAUCAUCAUCAUCAUCAUCACUGCUAAAAAUGAUCAUGGCGAUUUGUUGAUUAUCCCUUUCAAAAUCUUUCUCUCUUCUUCUUCUUUGUUGUUUUUUUUUCCCAGGAAAAGAAACCAAGGGGGAGAGAGGAAGAGGUUCUCCUUCCAUUGAAGUCCUUUUCGUCUGUAAUGUCUCUCUCUCUCCACCCCAUUCAAAGGUCCUCCUGGAUUUUUAAACCCUAAUUUAUUUUUCUCUAGCAGGAGAGAAAACUAAACAAUAACUGUGGUUUCAUUUAUUCAAAUAUAAAUUGAGAAAAUAGAGUUUCUGGAGAAGAGAUAAUUUGUAUUCUUCUUCUUCUUCAAAUCAACUUUGAGUGUUCGAUUUCUAAAAAAUAAAAUGUCAGACUCAGACGGUUCGCCAAGUUCUUCACCACCAGCCGAUUCAGCUCCCCCGCCGGAUUCUUCAUCCGAGAAUUCUGCUCCUCCACCGUCUGAUUCCACAUCUACUCCUUCUCCACCGGCUGACUUAUCAGAGCCACCACCCUCUGACUCAGAACCGUUGCCUCCACCUCCCGAUUCAAUACUUCCUCUACCUUGGAUCCUAACUCCAUUAACAGACACUCCUCCUCCAGAUUCCAAUUCUCCACCGGAAGACUCAAACAAUCCUCAGCCGUCGCCAACUUCAACCAAACCCCCUUCUCCUCCGACAGAUUCAGAAACACCACCGGCUCCUCCAUACGAAUCCGAUAACCCACCUCCAUCUUCAGACGUUCAUCAUUCUCCUCCUUCACCAUCAUAUUCUUCAACCAACCCUGAAACCCCACCGUCACAGUCUCCUUCUACCACACCAUUAGAACCUACCAAUUCACCUCCGGCUCCACCGUCAGACCCAACCAAUCCUCUCCUAAUCCAACCAUCAGCGCCAGCAAAUUCCCCACCGGGGGCGAGCUCAUUUCUUGCACCACCAAAACCUAACGGUGGUUCGGGUGGAGGAGCCGUUGUGUCUCCAUCUCUCACAGUCCCUAGCAAAGUAACGCCUCCAACAAACGGAAGCAAUGGUAUUAGCUCUCAAGGGGAGAUUAUGGUCGGUGUGGCUGUAGCCGGUGGUUUCGCCAUCAUGGCCCUUAUAGCCGUUUGUUUCUUAGUGAGAAGAAAGAAAAAGAGAAACAUUGAUAGCUAUGAUCACCCUCAGUACUUGCCACACCCUAACUUCUCUGUCAAAUCAGAUGGAUUCUCAUACGGACAAGACCCUAGUAAAGUAUACUCUGGUCCUGGUGGUGGUUCAAUGUACAAUUCACAGCAGCAACAUUCCUCUAUGGGAAACAGCUACGGAAGCCAACCCGGUCACCAGAUGCAAUCCAAUAGCAUGCCUGACUCUGCCAUCCUCGGAACUAACCAGACUCAUUUCAGCUACCAAGAGCUUGCGGAGAUCACUCAAGGCUUUGCUCGACACAACAUUCUUGGAGAAGGUGGGUUCGGAUGCGUAUACAAAGGUACCUUACAUGAUGGUAAAGUUGUCGCUGUGAAGCAGCUUAAAGCAGGGAGCGGACAAGGUGAUCGUGAGUUCACGGCAGAGGUUGAGAUCAUCAGCCGUGUUCACCAUCGGCAUUUGGUAUCUUUGGUGGGUUAUUGUAUUUCGGACCAGCAUAGAUUGCUUAUUUAUGAGUAUGUUGCGAAUCAAACGUUGGAGCAUCAUUUGCAUGGAAAGGGAAGGCCGGUUUUAGAAUGGUCGAAAAGAGUCCGGAUCGCUAUAGGUUCAGCUAAAGGGUUGGCGUAUCUGCAUGAAGACUGUCAUCCAAAGAUCAUUCACAGGGACAUCAAGUCAGCAAACAUUCUGCUGGAUGAUGAAUAUGAAGCUCAGGUUGCUGAUUUUGGACUUGCUAGACUCAAUGAUACAACACAAACUCACGUAUCAACUCGGGUCAUGGGGACCUUCGGGUACCUAGCACCAGAAUAUGCAUCAAGUGGGAAACUGACUGAUAGAUCCGAUGUUUUCUCGUUCGGGGUUGUUCUCUUAGAGCUUGUAACGGGAAGAAAACCAGUUGACCAGAAUCAACCUCUAGGAGAAGAGAGUUUGGUCGAAUGGGCACGGCCGCUGCUUCUCAGAGCAAUUGAGACCGGAGAUUACAGCGAACUCAUUGAUAGACAGCUCGAAAAACAUUAUGUGGAGCAUGAAGUCGUGAGAAUGAUCGAGACUGCAGCUGCAUGCGUUAGACAUUCUGGUCCAAAACGUCCACGCAUGGCUCAGGUUGUGAGAGCAUUGGACUGCGACGAAGACUCUGGAGAUAUUAGCAACGGGAUCAAAGUUGGGCAAAGCACAACUUAUGACUCAGGGCAAUACAACCAAGAGAUCAUGAAGUUCAGGAAAAUGGCGUUUGGUAUUGAUGAUAGCACAGAGUCAGGGAUGAACAGUGGAGGUUACUCUGGGAAAAGCUCUUCUGAUUUCUCAGGGAAUGAAUCAGAGACUCGACCUUUCAAUAACCGACAAUUCUGAUCAUACAAAUAUACAAUAGGUGAAAGUAAAUACAUACAUCUGCCUCUUUUCUUGAAAUCUGUAAAGCUAUUAUUUUCAUAUAUUGAGUUGAGAUGCAUUUCUUGGUAGGUGCCUUAAUUUUUUGUUCUCUAAUAGCUAAAUGCCCUCAGAAAAGAAAAACAGAACCAAGAAAAAGUUGUGAAGA